AUGUGUGAAAAAUUAGAGUUUCUAUUAUUAGAGCAAAGUAAUGAGGCUGAUCUUACAGCUUCAGGGGAACACGAAAAUCAAGUUGAGCUAAUCCAAAGAAAAAUUUACUUUCCCGAUAACUUACUUACUUAACUAUCUGGUGUUUAAGGUGUCUAGUGCCGCAGCCCAAAAGGGCCUAUGGCAAAACUGAUGACGUAGGCGAGCCAUCUUGGUACAGGUCAGCCCCGUCCAAGCCUUCUAUCAACUCCUGCUUCACCGGCCUUGCUGCACGUCUCACCUGGCGCGUUGCCGUCGCCCUUGUCGCUCGACUCAGCUCCUGCGCGUGUUCCGCCUAAGGGUCAUCCUCCCGUGGGGAUGUGCUGAGAGGUAAAAGCCCCGAAAUCUUGAGUGGACUGAGGAGUGGUUCCUCUGGUUAUCCCCAGAGUUAAACCGCUAUUGCUGUCCAGAAGUCUUCGAGUGAAAACCUAACCCUAUAAAUAAAAUUCCAUGAGGGAGAGAAAAUUAGCAGAGCUAAUUUCUCUCGAACCGAAUGCCAUUUUAUUUAUACUUUCCCGAUAACACUUCAAUAAUAUCAUGAGAUGCUAAAGCAAAUGAAACAACUGUCCAUGCCAAUAUUCUUCCGGUAUCAAUCUUAAGCUAUUGGGGAAGAGCAAUGACUUGUCUUUUUUCAGAUACUCAACUUUUUAUAUACGGCGGAUUCAAAAAAAAUUGAGAUGGAAUAAAAGAAGCAAUGAUUGUUGAUUUAGUUUCAAUGGAAGUAAACUUAAAAAAUCAGGAAGAAAGCGGGGUGGAGCAGGCCUGGCUCUAA